AUGUGUCAAGAAAAUAAAAUCGCCAGCUAUUGCAUCUUUGCCGAUCAAAAAUGGCUCUGGCUGUACCCUUCCCAACUGACUUCUAAAUUAUCCCCCCGUCGCGAAACAGUCGCCAACGAGUCCUGGGUACGCGAUAAAUCAAAGGCAAAGCCCGCAAUUGUGGUUGAACCGCUAGUCCACAUCAAAAUAGUUGGGGACGACCAACCGGGACAAUUCGGUCCAGGACGUACCACGCUAUGGGCGACUACCAAUGAUCGGUUUGCACUGCAGAGUCAAUGGCGAGAGGAAAAGGAUGGAGCGGUAGUCACGGUGUUAAGAGAGGAGAGCGGGAUGGUGGUUGAGCAUCGAUUGGAGUGCGAUGCUGGUGCGUUGAGGAGCGAGACGAGAUUUGUGAAUGGAUCUAGACGGGCAGUACGGCUGGAGCUGUUGACGUCGUUUGCAUUAAGUGGGAUUACGCCUUUUGCGGGAGAUGAUGCGUCAGGAAGACUACAGGUUCAUCGGUUUCGGGCUGUGUGGUCUGCGGAAGGGAAGUUGGUGAGUGAGUCGAUUGAGGGGUUGCAUUUGGAGAGGGUGUAUGCGGGCGGAAUAAAGUUGUCGGAGAGAUUUGGUCAGGUGGGAUCCAUGCCUGUUAGGGGGUGGUUCCCUACGGCGCUCGUAGAAGAUGUCGAGGCGGGUGUCGUGUGGGGUGCGCGUUUGGGGUGUCCAACGAGCUGGCAGAUGGAGGUCGCGAGACGUUAUGAUGAUGUGGUACUUGCAGGAGGGUAUGCUGAUCGUGAAUUUGGGCACUGGACGAAGACAGUAGAACCGGGAAAAAGUUUCACGUCAACGCCAGCUUGGGUGACUUGCGUGGCCGGUUCGAUUGACGACGCUUGCAACCGGCUUCUAAGUGUCGAUGUCGCAGCAGUCGAUUCACAGCCGGCUAUAGAACAUGACCUGCCCAUUGGAUACAACGACUGGGGAACGAGCUGGGGAGCACCACGCGAGGACAAGCUGCUUCAAACAGCCGACUAUCUAGUUUCUCUAGGAGUUCGCUACCUCGUGAUUGAUGCUGGAUGGUAUAUGCCCAAUACCGACUCCGCACACUGGGCCACCACCAUGGGAGACUGGAAGGCGAACGCAUCACGAUUCCCUCGAGGCUUGGCCGCAACAGCAGCAGCUAUUCGUGCAAAAGGUCUCGUUCCUGGUCUUUGGAUGGAGCCGGAACACGUCGCGCGCGAUUCGCGUGCUUUCCAUGAGCUUGACCAUCUCCUCCAUCGCGAUGGACAGCCUCUCACCCUCGAAGUGCGUCGCGCUUGGGACCUUGACGAUCCUUGGGUCAAGGAGUACAUCGAUGUCCAUGUGAUCGGCCUCCUCAAGGAUGCUGGGUUCGAAUAUUUAAAGCUUGAUUACAGCGAGACAUUGGGUAUAGGCGUCGAUCAUGAAGAUGGUUUGGGUGAAGGUCUACGGCGCCAUGGCGAAGGCACCCACGCUCUCUUCACCCGAAUACAUGACGCAUUACCGGAACUCGUGACGGAACUCGUUUCAGCCGGAGGAGCACGCAUGGAAGCAUCCCUCCUCCAACUGAGUUCAAUGGCGAGUUCCACGGACGCCCACGAGACGCUUGAAAUCCCAAUCAUUUCGGCCGCACUGCAUCGUCUCGUGCUUCCUCGGCAAUCGCUAAUCUGGGCCGUGUUGAACCGUGAAGAUACCAUCAAGCGUCUUGGAUACACGCUAGGAUCUGCAUUUCUGGGACGUAUGUGUUUGUCUGGAGAUGUAGUCGGCUUACGAGAGGAGCAGUUGGCGUUUGUGAAGAAAGCUAUAGAUCUAUACAAACAAGCUGUACCGGCAAUCAGGGCUGGUGUAAGCCGCUACUUUACAAAACACCUUGGACCCAGUUGGCGGCAUCCAAGUGGUUGGCAGGGAGUUACGAGGGCAACGAACAGCCAGGUUCUUGCUGUGGUUCAUUGCUUCAAAGAUUCUCCCGAGAGUGUUUGCCUGGAGUUGCCUGAUAGUGGUAGUUGGCGACUGACUAACACGCUCACAGAUAUCUCGGUGUCCAUUCGGGGGUCGACGCUCGAAGUAUCCGAUAUCUCUGAUUUCGAUGCUCAAGUCAUCCUGCUCGAGAGAGUGUAA